UAUUAUAUUAGUAAAUAUUUUAAAUUAAUAAAAAUAUUUUUUUUAUUUCAAUUACGAAUCUCUUCUCUGAGCAAUGACGGCGAGGAAAAGAGGUCGACCAAGGAGGAAGAAACCAACGGCGGCGGUAGGUGGGGCGAAACUAAACCCUAGCAACGGAGUAUCUGAAUCUCCCGGUGGGGGAGAGUCAUCUACGGGUGCAGAAGAAAUGAAUGGAUUGAAGGUGGCUAGAUUAUCAAGGGAGGAUGUAGAGGAAGAUGCGGGAUGGAAUUCUACACUUGUCUGCUGCGUCUUAAGGGCCAAUCCACCAUUAAAAGUCAUGGAUGGAUUUCUGAGGAGGAUUUGGAAGGAUUACAAGAUUGCUGAUGUUGUUGUACUCCGGGAAGGCCAAUUUGUUGUGCACUUUGAAAAGGAGGAGGAUAGGGAUGAAAUAGCCAGAAGGAAAUAUUACUUCCUGGAUAAUAAGCCAAUGUUAGUUCAAAGAUGGAAACCUGGAUGUAAACUCAACCUAGAUGAGCUCACUGAUAUUCCAAUUUGGGUAAGGAUUGGAGGAACACCUGUGGGAAUGGAGGAAAUAAGGGAUUUUAAAGAAUGCUUGGAAGUUUGUGGAUUAGAGGAAAUGCCUAUGGAAGGUUCCUACUACACCUGGUCCAACAGGCAAAGCCAAGGACACAGGAUUUACUCUAGAAUUGAUAGAGCCUUGUGUAACACUGAAUGGAUGUUGAGUAUGGGAACUAAACUUGUGGUCAAGGAGGAAGUGGAAGGGGAUAAGAAGGUGGCAGAGACACUGGUUAGCUACUUCCAGGAUCUAAUAGGCACUCAAUCUGAUAUAGAAGAUGUAGACAUGGAAGCCAUGAAGGAAGGCACAAGUCUGAAUAUAGACCAACAGCUCACUCUUAUAGCAGAAGUGAAAAGGAUACAGAUUAAUGGAGAAAGCUAUGGGUUCUUUAAGGGGAAGAAAGGACUCAGACAAGGAGACCCUAUUUCCCCUAUGCUUUUUGUUUUAGUCAUGGAGUGCCUUAAUAGGCUGCUUCAACAGAUGGCAAAAGACAAAAGAUUCAAAUUUCACCCCAUGUGCAGAUCUUUAAAACUGGUAAAUUUGAGUUUUACAGAUGACCUAAUCAUAGUAUGCAAGGCUGAGGAGGAGUUUCAGAAUUGUAUUAUGGAGGUUAUGAGGAAAUUCCAGAAGUCUACAGGUUUGGGCAUUAACUACACCAAAUCACAAAUUAUUUUUGGAGGUGUGGACAAGAAGGACCAAGAGCAUUUUCUGAAGCUAACCAAUCUGCCCCUUGGUGAGCUUCCAAUCAGAUACCUUGGAAGUCCAAUUUCUGCAGGGGAUAAUUCUGCCAGUGAGAACCACCCCCACCCUCCACUUCUCCAAGUCCCCUUUCUCAACCUUGAAAUCCCUACAGAUACAGAGGAAAACACAGCACAUUCACGAGAAAAACAAAGCGAAAGAAGAAGAAGAAUAAUCGAUAGGUUACUACAGUCUUAUAAGCGCGACAAACUUCAGCAUGGUUGCAUUAAAGCAGUGGCUGGAGAGUUCAACAUUUCCAGAAAAAUAGUAGGGAAAAUAUGGUCAUCAGCUAGUGGUCAAAUGCAGGAUGGUCUACCAGUUUGUGUUCAAUGCAAAAGGAAGGGGAACUCUGGCAGAAAAGAAGUGCCUGUUGACAUUCCAAAGAUGUUGGCAGUUCCAUUUCAUAGGCACAAGAACAUAUGUGCCCUUGGCUAUGCAAUUGAAGUAUAAAAAUCAACUGUCCAGAGAUGG